UUCCGUUUUCUGAAUAAUUCCUGUUUUGAGCUGGUUUCUCGUGACACGAACUUUUGACACUGGGAUUGUAGAAAUAAACACAUACAGGUGUGUGAUCAUGGCAAGCAACAAGUUCCAGAUCGUGGUACAGGGCGAAGCAUCUGAAACAGACUCUGAUGAUGAAGUAUACAUCACCUCUGCCCCACCUGUGCAAUCAUCAUCAUCAGGGAGGAAGGUGCCAGGAGAGGCAUCAGAGACAGACAGUGAGGAUGAGGUGGAGAGAGCUCGCAGACUGGCCACUGAAAACCAACAACAGAUGCUCCGCAAAGAUUUACCGGCCCUCGUCCUGAUCAGAAACUCACCUGUAUCUGUAUCUGGACAGGAGGACCGAUCAUCCCUGUCCAGACCCUGUCCUGAUUCAGGCCGGUUUAUCACGUUACUCCAGCAGAAACUGCAGGAGAGCAAUGCACAACUGUGUGCAGAUGUCAAUCAAAGCCUGAGACAGGUGUAUCAGAAUUCUGCCAGAGAUGUAAGACAGGCUACCACUCAUCUGAACAACUCUCAAACUGGCAUCAUCAACGCAUCCCAUAGCAUUAGACUCAUACUGGACGAUCUCAAGUCAGUGUCAGAGAAAAUCAAAAUCAUUACGAGCUGUCAUUUAUUGCCGGACAUCACCAUGCCAAACCCUGUGUCUGGACAAUCAUAAUGCACAUUAUCAGAUGUCUAAAAGCAAUCUGGGACAGCUAUACUUGCACUCUAGUGUUCAUAUGAAAUCUGAGAUUUCCAAAUCUUUUCGUUUGUAAAAUUAUUGCAAAUGUGUCUGUUGUAGGACUAUUUAAUGUCCUAUUUGAGUGAAAACUGGAAUGUGUCAGUAGUCUUAGACCAGCAUGUUUGACAUCAAGUCACAGGUUCGGUGUGGGUCUCAAUUUAAGUUUGUAAUUGUGGUGUAAUUAGAUUUGCUCAAUGCACACCAAUAAUGACUGCCAUAAUAAAUUAUUUACAAGAACUUUAAAGUUGCCAUUUAAAU